ACAAGCUGCUCCCGUAAGUUAAAUAAAAAACACAAUACAAAAUAGACAAGAAGAAAACCAACGUAAAUCAGAAUCUAAUUUUCGUAACGCUCAAGAAAUUGAAACUGAACUCCCGGAAAAGGAGAAGCAAUCGAAGCGAAAACGUCGAGAUUGAGGUGAAAUGGACGUGAUAAAGUCGCAGCAGAUACUGUCGCGGCCGAUCGAGAAAGUGGUGGUGCACCCGCUGGUGCUGCUCAGCAUCGUCGACCACUACAAUCGGGUGGCGCGUGACACCAGGAAGCGCGUCGUCGGAGUUCUCCUUGGAACUUCCUUCAAGGGCACCGUCGACGUCACCAACAGCUACGCAGUGCCUUUUGAGGAAGAUGAAAGGGACCCUAGCAUCUGGUUUCUUGAUCAUAAUUACCAUGAAUCAAUGUUUUCCAUGUUCAGAAGAAUAAAUGCCAAGGAGCAUGUUGUUGGCUGGUAUAGCACCGGUCCAAAACUAAAGGAAAAUGACCUAAGUGUGCACAGUCUUUUCAAUGACUAUGUCCCCACUCCAGUGUUGGUCAUUAUUGACGUCCAACCAAAAGAGCUUGGGAUACCCACUAAAGCCUAUUAUGCUGUUGAAGAGGUUAAAGAGAAUGCCACUCAAAAGAGCCAGAAGGUAUUUGUGCAUGUUCCUUCCGAAAUCGCUGCUCAUGAAGUUGAAGAAAUUGGAGUUGAACACUUGCUAAGGGAUGUAAAGGACACAACUAUCAGCACCCUUGCAACUGAGGUGACGGGGAAACUCGCUGCUCUGAAGGGAUUGGAUGCAAGAUUGAAAGAGAUUCGAAGUUAUCUUGACCUGGUUAUAGAAGGGAAGCUGCCUUUAAACCAUGAAAUCCUCUACCAUCUCCAGGAUGUGUUCAACUUACUCCCAAAUCUAAAUGUAACUGAACUUGUCAAAGCAUUUGCUGUCAAAACAAAUGAUAUGAUGUUGGUCAUAUAUCUGUCGUCCCUUAUCAGAAGUGUGAUUGCCCUACAUAAUUUGAUCAACAACAAGAUGCUUAACAAAGAACAUGAAAAAACAGAAGAUUCAAAGCCAGUUGCAGUGCCUACUGCUGGAAGCUAAAAGCAACUUUUCAGGUGAGCACGAAUCGGUGUGUGAAUGCUCCAAUUUCAUAGCACAACGCGAUCUCUGGAUUCAGAGAUGCAGUUAUAUACUAGACGUCACAGUCCUCUUACAAUCCAGUCAAGUCUCGAUGCCCCUCUUCGAUUUCAUCCACAACAAAGCCCGGGACUCGGCCAAUCAUCAGUUAACCUGAUGACUGGUAAUCAUCAAGCCAUUUCAGCUUUAUGGGCUGUAAUUGAAUAGCACUCUGCUGCAACGAAAGAUAAUUUUAUAUUCUCUAUCUGAUCAUGUGAUUAAUACUUCCAUAUUUUGUGGUUACUCUUUUCUCCGAUUUAUGUACAUUUCAUUUCAUUACUCAA